GCUCUAUCACCCAAUCACAAGUGCAUAGGUGAUUUGUGUCUCUAUCGGGUAAAGUAAGGUAUAGGGGGUCUUAGAGAGGGGUUCAACGCUCCCCAAGAUAAGUCCUUGGGACUCUGUUGUUGAACGUGCCGGGCUUUUGUUCUUGAAAUUCCAAGUUCUUGCAUAGAGACUCAAUCAUCUUCAUCAUCAAACUUGCUCUGACAGCGGCUUCCCACAAGCUUCCCCAUCACUCCACAAUGUCCUCGCAAGACAUAGCCAAAACCUCUUACGCGCAAGUCGGAACAGCCUACGACGGCUACGCUCAAACCCCAGCCGGCAUCAUCGAAGCCCAACUCAUCGCCCGUGCCCUCGGCCCCGGCGAUCUCACCGGCCUUCACGUCCUAGACCUCGGUGGAGGCAGUGGUAUCCACGCCAGAGAAUGCAUCGACUACGGCGCGGAAUCAGUCGACAUUGUCGACAUCUCCCCCGAGAUGCUCAAAAUCGCUUCCAACAUUGAAGAGUCCCUUGGCCGCGAGGGCAAGAUCCGGUUCUUUGAAGCUGAUGUCUCGAAGCCUUUGUCUGAGUACAACCAUCCACUGCGAGAAAAGUACGAUGUCAUCAUGGCGAACUGGAUCUUCAGCCAUGCCGACAAGAGGUCAACUCUGGAGGGCAUGUUUGCCAAUAUUGGCGCCUAUUUGAAGCCAGGGGGGAUCUUGGUCGGGAUUAGAGAUGCGAAUCCCUUCAGUCAUGAGUUCAAGACGGGGAAGUAUGGGGCUCAUACGGGCUGGGUCAAGGAGAUUGAAGGAGGGGUGAAGUAUUGGGCUGUUUUGCACUGCAAGCCUGAGCCGGUCGAAUUUGAGGUUGCUUCGCUUGAGAUUAUCUAUGGGGGGUCGAAGGAGCUGUAUGAGAAUGCUGCGUUGACCAAGAUUGUGGAAAUGUCACUGGAGAAUGCGCAGUGUGUGAAAGAUGAUCCGGAGUUUUGGGCUGAUUUCUUGAAGGAUCCUUUUUUGGCUGUUGUGCGCGCUGUGAAGACCUAGACCCUGGUUCAUAUUGGAAAGCCCUCUGACAACCCUCUCUACCUCCCCUUGGCGUGCACGCUGAAUGACGCUCAGAAUAUGCCGCACUCUCCUUACUUUGUCCAUCCC